ACAGAGAACCGCCAGCAAGAUCACAUCUCUGACAAAAACUCCAUUCGCUUGACCGAGUCAAUUUCAGUUUGAAAUUGCAACGCGAGUGCAACAGUUUCAUCAGAUUAAAUCUACGACACUUCACAAGUUCUUUAGUUUGAUAAAGUAAAGUUCAUAGCAUUUUAUUUGAGUUUGCACUCAAUUUUGUAAAGUUUCUUCGAUUUUAAUUUUAGUUUUCCAUUUAAUACGAUAAACUAAUUAAAAUUACUCUAUCGCAUUUGAGAGGAAAGUUUGAAAUCACAUAACGGGUUCAUCACAAAAUACUCGCGAAAAUCAUUUGGAAAAGAGAACGUAAUGAUGAACGGUUGAAGUCAAGUUGAAAAAGGUGGAAAAAGCUUCAAAGUGAAAGAAAAAGAAAUAAAGUGAAAAGUGAUACGAAUCAAAUCAGCGAUAAGAAGAAAUAAGUAAGGAAAAUACUUAAAAUGACACACGGAGGUCCAGUAAAGCGAAAACCACCGGUCGAUGGAAAUAAUAUGGUCGAAGAGUUUCCAUCACCACCAGACGGUGGCUACGGAUGGAUUAUCGUCUUGUCAUCGUUUCUCAUUCACAUCAUCACCGAUGGAAUCACAUAUUCGUUCGGUGUGAUGUACAUUGAAUUAUUGGAAGAGUUCAACGAAGGAAAGGCAUAUACGUCUUGGAUAUUAUCGUUAAUGUGCGGUAUAACAUUAUGCUCAGGUCCGAUUUCAUCUUCAUUCGUGAACAAAUACGGUUGCCGCGCUGUAACAAUUGUCGGUGCAAUAUUGGCUUCGGCGUGUCUUUUAGUCAGCUACUAUGCACAGAAUGUACUCACGCUUAUCAUAACAAUCGGAGUGGGAGUUGGAUGCGGCCUCGGACUUAUCUACUUACCGGCUAUUGUUAGCGUCUCCUCAUACUUUGAAAAGUACCGUUCCAUCGCUAUAGGAAUUGCGGUCGCUGGGUCAGGUUUAGGAACUUUUAUAUUUGCGCCUGUCGUUGCGAUUCUCAUUGAAAAUUUGGGUUGGCGUCAAACUUUGCUCGUUUUGUCCGGAAUCGUGUUGCAUUGUGCCGUAUUUGGAGCGUUAUUUCGACCAUUAGAACCAACACUUCGGCCCAUUUCACCGAGUGAGCAACUAAAAACAAAUGAAAAAGUAAACGAAUCUCUGCAGAAUGUUCAAACUAAUGGUGCUGGCAGAAUGUCGUCAAAAUCACGGGUUCCAUCGAUGCGUGUGCCAAGCAUAACGGCCAUUGCCGAAAUUGGAGACACACAAAUGACUCGAUCGCAAAGCGUGGGCCAUGGCAUGAGAGCAUCUCAGUAUUGUGAUAAAACCAAUGAUAUUCGAUAUAUGCUUAGCCAACCGCUUCUUACAGACACUGGACGUGAAAUCAAACCGCUCAGCGAAUCACGUAGACGCUCCAGCGGUACACUGUCACGGCCAGACAUCUUUUAUCAGGGAUCUUUACACAAUAUUUCCAAUUAUAAGUCACAAACUGAACUGAGAGCUGAUGUAGAAAAAUUCGGUUCACUUCCACGAGUCGAUGAAGAUGAAAAUGAGGAAUCUUCGCCCGAAAAAUGCUGCGGAUGUUUCAACAAAGGAGAGAAUUUCGUUGAAAUGAUCAAUUUCGGCCUACUCGUCGAUCCAAUUUUCCUCGUGUUUGUCCUAUCGAACUUUUCAACAUGCCUCGGUUUCUACGUACCAUAUUUCUGCUUGGCCGACAAAGCCAAAAUGUUCGAAAUGUCAACCGAAGAGGCGAGCUAUUUGCUGUCAACCAUUGGUGUAGCCAAUACUAUUGGCCGUAUCGUUUUGGGAUACAUUUCGGAUAAAUCGUGGGUGAAUAGGCUGUUGGUUUACAGUGUUUGCCUCUUUGCUUGUGGCUUGGCAACGGCUGCCUCAGUUCUUUGCAUGGACUUUUGGUCAUUGGUGGUUUAUUCAAUUGUGUUUGGGUUCACGAUUGGUGCCUAUGUCGGUCUAACUUCAGUUAUUCUUGUCGAUUUGCUUGGUUUGGAAAAGCUCACAAACGCUUUUGGCAUAUUGUUACUGUUCCAAGGCCUUGCCAGUUUCAUUGGGCCACCGAUAGUCGGAUAUCUAUAUGAUCAAACACACACUUAUACUGCGGGGUUUCUGUUCGCCGGCACCAUGAUUGCAUUAUCAGGGUUUAUUUUGUUCUUCAUUCCCACCCUACAAAGAUACUUCGCCAAGAAACAAACGCGAAGGGAGAUCAAACAAAGUGCAAAAGUAUAACCUGUGUUAUGAGAUGUUUUAUUGUGCGUUCUCCGAACACUGUUCUCAGAGCAGUGCUCUGUAUUCUGCAUUUGUAUAAAAAAUAGAUUUCUCUUGUUAUUGAAAAUAUGUUGAAUGUGUUUUGUUGUGUUAAUUUAAGAUUAGAAACAUUUUCCCAAUUUAAUUGGUUUCAGUGAACAGUGCUCACUAUUCACGAUUGAUAUCAGUUGGUGCCGCUGAAGAAUUACCUAAAAUUAUUUUUGCCGUUUUCCAAAGUUGAUCAUCAUCGUUUAAGAAUGUGUCAAUUUCCUAUUUAGAAAACAAAUAAAAAAGAUUUAUUUUCUCACAUUGA